UAGGUUUUUGCAGAAAAUGACUCUGAUGUUUCUCUGAGCUUGCUAGCAUGCUGUAUUUCUGUUUUCUCUGUCAUCAAAGAAGAUAAGCAAUGGAUGUCUGCAGUUGGAAACAGAGGAAAUGGAAGCAGCUGUCUCGACUACAGCGGAGCAUAAUUCUCUUCCUGUUUGCCUUCUUGGCAGUCUGUGGAGUCAUUUCAUACACAACCAUGGGGGAACCAUGGAAAAGUCUAACAAACAAAUCAUUGGAUGAUCAAAGAACAGAAACAGAAAUUCCUGGAUUAAAGCUGGCAAAUCCAGCCGUUCUACCAGCACCCCAGAAAGCAGAUGGCAACCUUGGAGACUACCCAGAGCUUUCACCACAGAAGCCACCAAAACCACCUCACGUUCGGCGUGGUCCUUCGAAUCUUCAGAACAAGCCACCACAGAGGGAUAUGAGGCUGAAGACCCGACAUGAUACCAGCAAGGUUGUAGAAGAGCCAAUCCAGGCUGAUAAAGAAGAGAAAACGGAGAAAUCCGUUAUCAGCUGGAGAGGAGCAGUGAUAGAACCUGACCAAAGCACUGAACCUCCAUCUAGUAAAAUAAAGGAACCAGAAAAACCUUUAUCUGUGGAAGCUGAAGACCAGAAGGAACCAGUGCCCGUAACCGAGCGGCAGGUGGCUGUGAUAGAAGCGUUCCGCCACGCCUGGAAAGGGUACAAGGAUUUUGCCUGGGGCCAUGAUGAGCUGAAGCCCUUGUCCAAGUCCUACAGCGAGUGGUUUGGACUUGGGCUUACCUUAAUUGACGCCUUGGAUACCAUGUGGAUUUUAGGCCUAAAAGAAGAGUUUGAAGAAGCAAGAAAAUGGGUAGCAAACGAUUUAGUAUUUGAUAAAAAUGUGGAUGUAAACCUCUUUGAGAGCACUAUUCGUAUCCUGGGGGGCUUGCUGAGCACCUACCAUCUCUCUGGAGAUAGCCUCUUCCUGGAAAAAGCUAAAGACAUCGGGAACAGGCUUAUGCCAGCAUUCAAGACCCCCUCCAAGAUACCAUAUUCUGAUGUCAACAUUGGCCGUGGCACUGCACAUCCACCUCGCUGGACAUCCGACAGCACUGUGGCAGAGGUGACCAGUAUUCAGCUCGAGUUUAGGGAGCUCUCUCGUCUCACUGGAGAUGAGAAAUUCCAGAAAGCUGUAGAUGAGGUGAUGAAGCAUGUUCAUACCCUCUCAGGGAAAAAUGAUGGACUAGUGCCUAUGUUCAUAAACACCAAUAGCGGACAGUUCACUCACCUGGGUGUCUACACUCUGGGAGCCAGAGCUGACAGCUACUAUGAGUAUUUGCUGAAGCAAUGGAUUCAGGGUGGAAAAAAAGAAAAUGAACUGUUGGAGGACUAUAUGAGAGCCAUAGAAGGAGUGAAAAAGCAUCUUCUUCAGCGAUCACAACCCAAGAAGCUUACUUUUGUAGGAGAGCUUGCUCAUGGCCAUUUCAGUGCCAAGAUGGAUCACUUGGUUUGCUUUUUGCCUGGUACUCUGGCACUGGGAGCUCACAAUGGAUUGACUGCUGAUCAUAUGAAAUUGGCUGAAGCCCUUAUAGAAACCUGUUACCAAAUGUACGCUCAAGUAGAGACAGGCCUGAGUCCAGAGAUCGUACACUUCAAUCUUCAUGCACAGAAGGGCCACAAAGAUGUGGAAAUCAAGCCUGCAGACAGGCACAACUUACUGCGACCAGAAACUGUGGAAAGCCUUUUUUAUAUGUACAGAUUCACUGGUGAUAAGAAAUACCAAGAUUGGGGCUGGGAAAUAUUGCAGAACUUCAAUAAAUACACACGGGUUCCUACAGGUGGUUAUACUUCCAUUAACAAUGUCCAGAAUCCCAGCAAUCCAGAGCCACGAGAUAAGAUGGAGAGCUUCUUCCUUGGGGAAACACUCAAAUAUAUGUUUCUGCUGUUUUCAGAUGACAUAGACUUAAUCAACCUUGACAAAUACGUAUUUAACACAGAAGCUCAUCCACUCCCUAUCUGGGUGCCAACAUAGACUGGGUGUCAGUAGACCUUCCAAUGGUGGCAUUUUUAUCUUCAAGUCACUUUACUUUUCACGUUUUGAGGAGAGAUGCUAUAUUGCACCUUUUUUGACUUAAACAAACAAAACCUUUGGGAAAGCUUUUCUGAUUUGGAGAAGUUAUGUCAGUCUUAAAUCUAAUCCCUGGUUCUGGGAUGGACAAGCUGUUUUUCCUGGUAUUGAUGAUACGGUUCAGAGAAUAAUUGUAGUGCGGACCAUGACAUUCACAGGGCUCUGGUGAAUGAGAACUCACGUAUGUCAGUCUUACUAAAUGCUCGUUAAAUAUCAGGAGUGCAGCAAGUUGUCUUACAGCACAGGAUUGUCCCUGGAGAGAAGGAAUAAGCCUACAGGUUUCUGGUUUAUUCUGGAUUCACUGAAACACUUGGUUACAGCGCCAUUCCUUCCUCAGAACAUGUUUCAGGUUUAAGAAGAGUGUUUCAGGUGGUAAGUGGAAUAAACAAAGAACUGUAAUGUUCCAGGUAGAAGCAAAGCUGUCAGUAUUGCUACUGAUACUCUGAUCUCAUUCCAAACUACCGAGCUAUGCUGCAUCACAUCAGAAGAAGGAGGUAGCAGCAAAGCAUCUAUUGUGCAGUGUCUUAGUUUUAUAGAGCACUUUGAACAAUCUGUCCAGGCUGUGGCUAAAAUGAAUGAUGGAAGAGAAUUUGCUGCUGCUUUGGCUCAGAAGUGGUAUAUAAUUUUGUAGAGGUAUUGCAGUUUUUGUAACUUAUCUGCAGGAAUGCAGGAGAUAAUGUGAAACGCAAGUGAAACUACAUGUGCAUUUUAUAUAUUAUUUGCAUCAGUUAGACUCAGGUAUUCUGACUGAAAGCUGCUUUCUGAGGUUGGGCACUGGGAAAGUUUGUGAGCACAUUAGAUAUAAUUCUAAGUUAGCCUUCUUCCGUCCCUUCCUGUCCAGAUACUGCAUUGUUGACUCAAAACAAGCAAUUGUACAGCAAAAUUAAUGUCAUUCAUAAUUUUUUUCACUGUGGAGAAAUUACUUUGGGUAGAAGCAUUUUCAUUGGUAGCAUUAAAAGCAGGCAGUCUAAAUGUAUUACAACAGUUCCUGGUCCCAGUAGAAUUAGUGAAAUCUAUUCAGUCGCUUGAAGACAGAGCAGACCAAGGUUUUUUUUAAGAAUUGUAUGGGAGCCCUGGGAUCUUUCUUUUUUUGUAUGUGCAAAUAGAUUUUUAAACCAUAAAUUUGGAAAUCAGCUUUCUAUAUUGCUUUUCUUUUUGGUUUUAUAGCUACUUGGACAGUCCUGUAUUCACAGAUAAGUUCUCAGAAAUGUGCUUGUUCAUAUUUCUUAAAGAGGUUGUUCUUACCAAAAUGUCCUUUCCCCUCACAGUAAUGGGAGUGGUGGGAAGUAUGCAGGUGCGUGGUAGCAACAGUGAGGUACAGUCCACUCUAAAUUUAAGGCUGCUAAGUGGAAUUAAAUAAAUCUGACUGUAAUGGUUAAUUUUCCAGUGGCUGGGGGGUGUGUGUGUGUGUGUAUGUGUAUUUUAUAGUAUUUGUAACCUUUGAUUUGUAAAGUAAGAUGCGUCUUUAUUUGGUUUAUGCUGAUCAAUUCUGUUUGCUGGAGUCAGAAGUUACCCUUGGGACCACAUUUAUCAUUCCAUAUGUUAAUGAUGGCUUAUGGAAAUGGAGAAAUUUUACAAAUUACUUAAACGCACCUUUCUCUGUCAUCAGAGGGACCCUUGGAUUUGCAAGACAUGACCAGUUUGUGCAGAAUUAUAAUGUUCCUUCAGUUCACAUGCCACCAGUAACCCUGGAAAGGAGUUUCUCGCUUAUGUGUGCAGUGGAAUCCAGUAGCUGUAGCCUUUUUCUGCACAACUGAUUUGCUCCUAAGACUUUUGUUUUCUUUGACAUAACAGCGAAGAAGGAAAAUGCUGUUGAAAUGUGGGAGGAAACACCUUAAUUGUUUUUGUAUGUGGAGCCAGGUUUGUGUUUCUGAGGAGCUGAGCUCUGGCUAAAAGCCAAAGGCUUAAAACUGGAGAUUAAAAAGAGAAAAAAAAUCAGUGAGGCUACCCAGGCUCUACUGACUUGUGUUUCUUUGGCCUUGUGCCUUCAGUUGAAGGUAGCAUUGAACCCUUAAUGAACUUUGCUAUGGACUAUAAAGCUUCCAGAGUUGGGCAUUUCACCUGUACAGCAGCCCUACUGAGGAAACAAAGAGAUUUCUUAGAAAGUGGAAUACAUAUAAAUGCUCACCAAAAAUCUGUCUUAUACUAAUCUUAAUGCAAUCAGCUUUACCAGUGGGACUGUGGGAGUUUGUGUUAUAAUUUUUUUGCCUUAUAGUUGGCUUGAGAGUAAUCAUCCAUUUCAUAAUGAGUAAAAGGAAGGAGCGAAGAAUAAAUUGUCACUGUCCCAAACACACUUUUUUAGCUGAGCCUGUUGGUCUAACUGAUUUCUUUUCUACCUAAUUCUUCCUGGGAAACUGAAUCUCUUUGCAAAGUUUGGCUUUACUGUCCUCAUCCUUUAAAUCUGAAGUUAAGAUUUUUCAUCUCUCUCUACCUUUGAGAACAAAUGCUUGUUUCAGACUCCUGUAUCACAUGUGAAAUGGUACAAACCUAAAUCUGAUGAAAGGUCAUCUGCUUCUUCCUGUUCUUUUGCAAAGGUCACUUUAAUUGCUUAUUUAUUUUUACUUCCUUAACAAUGUCAGAGUAGUCUCUUGAGCUUUACAGCCCAUCUCAGUUCCACCGUGUUCACACACACUCCCUCCUCAGCCCCAGCACAACAGAAACUUAGAAGCUUUGCAUGUAGUUGAAAAGUUUUCUUUCGAGUUCUCUGUUCUUUGAAUCAAAGCCUUAAUUGCAGGGUCUGUAAUCCAUUUUGGUGUUUAUGCUUUGGAUGCUUAAGUCAGAUGUUGCAGAAAGGCCAUCUCUUCAGCCAGUGAUUCUGUCCUUUUGCACAAAGUCCUGCCUUGGUUUCUCCCCAAGAGCUUGAAUGCCUGGCCUAAUGAAAAUAAACAAAA